AUGGUGUCCUGGGCUCCCGGCCUCCUACCCAUGGCCAGCUCCCUCCCUGGGGCCAUCCGGAGUACAGCCCUGGAGAAGGGGCUGCGGCCCCUCUUUGCUUGCAGCAGGGAUGGAAGGGCCCUGGGACUGGAGGAGGAGGUAAUGGUUUGGAAGAGUAACUUUGAUGUUGUCAAUUAUGGAGAAGUCCUAAGAGUGCAGAGGCCCCCGGCCACGCUGGCCAGCUCCUCCAGGACUCUGCCAGAAGUGGAUUCCCCCGUCCCACCAGGCAGGGGCAGGAGUCAGGAGUUGAUGCAGAGCCAGCCCCAAGAGCCUGUCAGCAUGCCCCAGACGCUGACCAGCACGCUGGAGCACAUUGUAGGCCAGCUGGACGUCCUCACCCAGACAGUCUCCAUCCUGGAGCAGCGGUUGACACUGACAGAAGACAAGCUGAAGCAGUGUCUGGAGAACCAGCAGCUAAUCAUGCAGAGAACACCACCAUGAUCAGGGGAGCAAGAAUCAAGAGCUCAGUCGAUUUUGGGGGUGACAGGCCGGGGAUUUGUACUGGGGAACUUGGGUAAAUAAAUAAAGGGGAUUCAGCUCUGGGAAUCACAUCCAUCCCAGAGCCUCAGGGGUCCUGCACCUCUGCCCUCCACCCAAGCCGUCUGCACCUGGAGACUCUCCACUUGGCUGUGGGAGGCCCCACAUACCCACAGAUGACCACGUUUAGUUUAAUGUGAAGGAGCCACUUGAAAAUGUUUGCUACCUUGGAGUCCUAAGUGGAGUCCACUUUUCCCUUACCAACCUUUCUGCCGUAUGACUGGCUUCCCCCCACCGAUCUUUCCCAACGUAGAAAUGGACUACUCAUUGGUUGGAUGAGCCAGGAGUUUCCUAUAAAUCUGACAAAAGGCCCAAAGUGGGCCCAUCUGUGUCUGAUUUACCCAGGAACGAGCACUCUGGAGAGGGUGGUGGCUUUGCAGUGGUCUUGAUUUCUGCCCCACACAUGUUCACUGGGGCCUGAUGGCUUCCUCUGCAUGCAUGAGGGCAAAGGAAACUGAACAUUAAAACGGA